GUAGCUGUGGCAGGGCAACUUGUAGUUUGGGAAGUUUUUCAGAACUUUUUUUGUACAUGAAACAUUAGUCGAGUAGUUAGAAAGUGUCAAACUGUUCUUCAUAUUAAGAUGAUUCCAGAGUUGUGGACAUGCAUCUUUUCUGCAUUUUUCUUUUACGUGCAUGGAGCAAAACUUCCGGAGCCUGAGGUGAAAAUAGAAGUUUUAUACAAACCUUUCCUUUGUCAUCGUAAAUCCAAAUACGGGGAUAUUCUUCUGGUUCACUACGAUGGCUUUCUGGAGAGUAACGGCACAAUGUUUCAUUCCAGCCGCCAUCAAGGAGACAAAAACCCUGUCUGGUUCACGUUGGGGAUCCGAGAGGUGAUCAAGGGCUGGGAUAAGGGUCUUCAAAACAUGUGUGCAGGAGAGAAGAGGAAACUGACCAUCCCUCCAGCUCUUGCAUAUGGAAAAGAGGGCAAAGGUAAAAUCCCUCCAGAAAGCACUCUGAUAUUUGAUAUAGAGAUCAUAGAGAUCCGAAACGGACCCAGGUCACAUGAGUCCUUCCAGGAAAUGGACCUCAAUGAUGACUGGAAACUUUCCAAAGCUGAGGUCAAAGAAUACCUGCGCAAAGAGUUUGAAAAGCAUGGAUAUGCUGCCAAUGACACCCAUCAUGAAGUGAUGGUUGAGGACAUCUUUCAGAAAGAAGAUGAAGACAAAGAUGGAUUUAUAUCAUCUCGGGAGUUCACUUAUCAACAUGAUGAACUGUAAUUACACACUCCUGCAGCAAAAACAUUACAACAUUUCCCUUCUAAUAGAUUCCAGUAUUUGCCUACAGAGAUUUGUCAUGCCACAGAAGAUAUACAAAAGUGUGUUUGUAUCUACAGUACAAGCCAGGUGUGUAAUUUAUGUUAGUUUUUUUUUAAUCUACACUCAGGUGAUAUAGAAGGUACAUUUGAGCAGUUUUUAAUAUUUGAACGUUCGAAUUUAAAUUUUAAGCAAAGACAAUGUUAUCCCAUAAGUGCCUGACUCAAUUUAAAGGGCCAGUUCACUACAAAAAUAAAUUUGACUCCCUUUUUACUCACCCUCAAAUGUUUCCAAACAUUUAUGAGUUUCUAUUUUCUGUUCAACACAUAAAAAUGUGAAAAUUGUCAUCGUUACCUGCCUCCCAUAGUAGAAAAAACAAAUACUAUGGAAGUCAAUAGUUUCAAACAUUUCUCAGAAUGAUUUCUUUCGUGUUCAUGAGAAUAAAACAGACGUUAAGUGUGAGUAAAUGAGGACAGAUUUUUCAAUUUUGGGUGAACUAUUGCUUUAACUUUAUUUAACUUUUAAUUAUAGCGGAUGUUUAUAUGACAGGGUUUUUAACUAAAAACAGAACCUUUAAUGCAUUUCUGUCACUUGUUUAUAUAUGUUUUGUAGUCCUGAAAAUGCAACUUUAGAAAAAGGCCUAACCCUAACAAAAAAAAAAAAAAAAAAA